UGCGAUUAUCACAAAACAUUAUUACAAAAUGAAAUUCAUUUAUCUGGUAUUCGCUCUGAUCUUAGUUGUUGUUCAACUAAGUGCUGCAGCACCAUCCAAGUCGAAGGGACCACGUUUGUGUCAAAUCUACUGUCCCGAUGUUGAAGAUCCUGUUUGUGCUAAGCGUGGAUCUGUCAAAAAGAUCUUCCCAAAUCCCUGUAGCAUGAACGCUGCCAACAUGUGUGGGGAAGGACAAAAAUGGACCAAGUGUUAAACACAGAAGAAAAAUCGGUAAAGAGAGUAUGCAAAGAAAAUAUGUCUUCCUUUUAAAAAAACACAAAAUUUGACUUGAUGUUAUUAAAAAGCUAUCACUUGAAUUUUACUUUUGUGUAAUUUAGCUAAAAUAAAAACUAUUGAAAUUGCAAUAUG